AUGAACAUCCUUGCAAAUUCUCUCUCUCUCUCUCUCUUUCGCUUUUUCUUUUCGCCAAUUCACCUAUUUCUUUCUUUACCGUUACCCCUUGUUAUACAUAUUUGUAAAGAAUUUUCUUUUUUUUUUACAAACACUACAAUAAAUAAUUCUAGACCAUCGUUUGAUCUUUUUACACACUGCUACUCUUUCUGUUUUUCAUUUCCUCAUUCGUUUCUAAUUGUAAUUAAUUCACGUUUUCUUUCCUCUCUUCCACAUUUGAUUCUUUCUUUUUUUUCAUUCAAACUUUUUUGUUUUCUUUCAUUUGUGCUUUCUUUCUUUCACCAUUCUAAUAUUCAGAAUUCCUUCCGUUACUACAAAUUUAUUUAUUCCUUCUACGUUAAUUUUUUUCCUUUUUCUUUCUUUCCUUUUUUCUUUCUUUCUUUUUUUUUUCUUUGUUAUUUUGCUAUAAAUUUCUUUAUUCCUUUUUCUUAUUUUCCCUCUUGUUGUGAAUUCUUUCUUUUUUCUUUCUUUUUUUUCUUUUGUUACAAAUUAAUUCAUCAUUCUUCUUAUUUUUCGCUAUUCUUUUUCCUUAUUUCAUUCAUUCUUUCCUUCUUUUGA